CGCUGCCGCGGCCGCCGGGCGCCGCACGUCAGACGGGGAGGAGGAGCCGUGGCCGCCAGCUUCCUGCCUGACAUAACUCACUUCAAGAAGUACACAAUGUCAGAACAUGGGAUUAAGUGGGCCUGUGAAUAUUGUACAUAUGAAAAUUGGCCGUCUGCAAUCAAGUGUACUAUGUGUCGUGCCCAGAGACCCAGUGGAACAAUUAUUACAGAAGAUCCAUUUAAAAGUGGUUCAAGUGAUGUUGGUAGAGAUUGGGAUCCUUCCAGUAGUGAAGGUGGAAGUAGUCCUUUGAUUUUUCCAGACUCUAGUGCAAGACCAAGGGUUAAGUCUUCAUACAGCAUGGAAAAUGCAAAUAAAUGGUCAUGCCACAUGUGCACAUAUUUGAACUGGCCAAGAGCAAUCAGAUGUACCCAGUGCUUAUCCCAACGUAGGACCAGGAGUCCCACAGAAUCUCCUCAAUCCUCAGGAUCUGGUUCAAGACCAGUUGCUUUUUCUGUUGAUCCCUGUGAAGAGUACAAUGAUAGAAAUAAACUGAAUACAAGGACCCAGCAUUGGACUUGUUCUGUUUGCACAUAUGAAAACUGGGCUAAGGCUAGAAAAUGUGUUGUUUGUGAUCAUCCCAGACCUAAUAACAUUGAAACAAUAGAGUUGGCAGAGACUGAAGAGGCUUCUUCAAUAAUAAAUUAACAAGACAGAGCUCGAUGGAGGGGGAGCUGCAGUAGUGGUAAUAGCCAAAGAAGAUCACCUCCAACUACGAAACGGGACUCUGAAGUGAAAAUGGAUUUUCAGAGAAUUGAAUUGGUUGGUGCUGUUGGUAGCAAGGAGGAACUUGAAGUGGACUUUAAAAAACUAAAGCAGAUUAAAAAUAGGAUGAAAAAGACUGAUUGGCUAUUCCUCAAUGCCUGUGUGGGGGUUGUGGAAGGUGAUUUAGCAGCCAUAGAAGCAUACAAGUCAUCAGGAGGAGACAUUGCACGCCAGCUCACUGCAGAUGAAGUACGCUUGCUGAACCGACCUUCUGCUUUUGAUGUUGGCUACACUCUGGUACACCUGGCCAUACGCUCUCAGAGGCAGGACAUGCUAGCAAUACUGCUUACAGAGGUAUCUCAACAAGCAGCAAAGUGUAUUCCAGCAAUGGUGUGUCCUGAACUGACAGAACAAAUCCGGAGAGAAAUAGCUGCUUCUCUUCACCAGAGAAAGGGAGAUUUUGCUUGCUAUUUUCUGACUGACCUUGUAACAUUUACAUUGCCAGCAGAUAUUGAAGAUUUGCCUCCAACAGUACAAGAAAAAUUAUUCGAUGAGGUGCUUGAUAGAGAUGUUCAAAAAGAGCUAGAGGAAGAAUCUCCAAUUAUAAACUGGUCCUUGGAGUUGGCUACACGUUUGGACAGUCGACUGUAUGCACUUUGGAACCGGACUGCCGGAGAUUGUUUACUUGACUCAGUACUACAAGCUACCUGGGGAAUUUAUGACAAAGACUCGGUGCUUCGGAAAGCCCUGCAUGACAGCCUGCAUGACUGUUCACAUUGGUUUUACACACGCUGGAAAGACUGGGAAUCGUGGUAUUCCCAGAGCUUCGGUUUACAUUUUUCACUGAGGGAGGAACAAUGGCAAGAAGAC